AGGGGGACAGGAGGAGGAGGAAGGAGAAUGCUUCUUACUGGGGGGUUUUGGCGCCACUUUUGUUUUAGAUAGUGUUCCUCUGCCCCCUCCUCCUCGGCACGCACUGAACUGAGCUGAACCCUGCCCAGAAGUCUGCUACAAAGGAAGAAAAAAAAGUAAGCUUACACUUCAGACUGCUUUUUGGAUAUCUUUCUAAUACAGUGGUGUUCCAGAAGAUGAUAAAGAAAUGAUAGCAGCUCCAGAAAUACCAACUGAUUUUACUCUCCUUCAGGAGUCUGAAACACACUUCUCUUCUGAUACAGACUUUGAGGAUAUUGAAGGAAAAAACCAAAAACAAGGCAAAGGCAAAACCUGUAAAAAAGGAAAAAAAGGACCAGCAGAGAAGGGUAAAAGUGGUAACGGAGGAGGGAAACCUGGUGGUCCGAAUCGGAUGAAUGGACAUCACCAACAGAAUGGUGUGGAAAACAUGAUGCUCUUUGAAGUAGUUAAAAUGGGCAAGAGUGCUAUGCAGUCUGUAGUGGAUGACUGGAUAGAGUCAUACAAACAUGACCGAGAUAUAGCACUUCUUGAUCUCAUUAACUUCUUUAUUCAGUGUUCAGGCUGCAAAGGAGUUGUUACAGCAGAGAUGUUCCGACAUAUGCAGAAUUCUGAAAUAAUCCGAAAAAUGACUGAAGAAUUUGAUGAGGAUAGUGGAGAUUAUCCACUAACUAUGGCUGGCCCCCAGUGGAAAAAGUUCAAAUCCAGUUUUUGUGAGUUCAUUGGAGUACUCGUCCGACAAUGUCAAUAUAGCAUCAUAUAUGAUGAAUAUAUGAUGGAUACUGUCAUUUCACUGCUUACGGGGCUGUCAGACUCACAAGUCAGAGCGUUUCGGCACACUAGCACACUGGCAGCCAUGAAACUGAUGACUGCUUUAGUGAAUGUGGCAUUAAAUCUAAGUAUUAACAUGGACAACACACAGCGGCAGUAUGAAGCAGAACGAAAUAAAAUAAUUGGGAAACGAGCUAAUGAUAGGCUGGAACUCUUACUACAGAAGAGAAAGGAGCUUCAAGAAAAUCAGGAUGAAAUAGAAAACAUGAUGAAUGCAAUAUUUAAAGGUGUUUUUGUGCAUAGAUACCGAGAUGCAAUUGCUGAAAUAAGAGCCAUCUGCAUUGAGGAGAUUGGAAUAUGGAUGAAAAUGUACAGUGACGCCUUUCUCAAUGACAGCUACUUAAAAUAUGUGGGGUGGACUAUGCAUGACAAGCAAGGAGAAGUAAGACUUAAAUGCCUAACUGCUUUGCAAGGGCUUUACUAUAAUAAGGAGCUUAAUUCCAAAUUGGAACUCUUCACCAGUCGGUUCAAGGAUAGAAUUGUGUCUAUGACUCUUGACAAAGAAUAUGAUGUUGCAGUCCAAGCAAUAAAAUUACUCACUCUUGUUUUACAGAGUAGUGAAGAAGUUCUGACUGCAGAAGACUGUGAAAAUGUCUACCACCUGGUUUAUUCAGCUCAUCGGCCAGUAGCAGUUGCUGCAGGGGAAUUUCUUUAUAAAAAGCUUUUCAGCCGCAGAGAUGCUGAAGAUGAUGGAAUGCUGAAAAGGAGAGGAAGACAAAGUCCAAAUGCUAAUCUUGUGAAGACAUUAGUGUUUUUCUUUCUGGAAAGUGAAUUGCACGAACAUGCUGCUUAUCUUGUGGACAGCAUGUGGGACUGUGCAACAGACCUCUUGAAGGACUGGGAAUGUAUGAACAGUCUUCUGCUGGAGGAGCCUCUCAAUGGAGAAGAACCUUUAACAGACAGACAGGAAAGUGCACUGAUUGAAAUAAUGCUUUGUACAAUUCGGCAAGCGGCUGAAUGUCAUCCUCCUGUGGGAAGAGGAACGGGGAAAAGGGUGCUGACAGCAAAGGAAAAGAAAACCCAGUUGGAUGACAGGACAAAAAUUACUGAGCUUUUUGCGGUGGCACUUCCUCAGUUGCUAGCAAAGUAUUCUGUAGAUGCAGAAAAAGUCACCAACUUACUGCAGUUGCCACAGUACUUUGAUUUGGAAAUUUAUACAACAGGGCGAUUAGAAAAGCAUUUGGAUGCCUUACUGCGACAAAUCCGGGAUAUUGUGGAGAAGCACACAGAUACAGAUGUUUUGGAAGCCUGUUCAAAAACCUACCAUGCUCUCUGUAAUGAAGAAUUCACAAUCUUUAACAGGGUUGACAUUGCAAGAAGUCAGUUAAUAGAUGAAUUGUCAGACAAGUUUAAUCGACUUCUUGAGGACUUCCUGCAAGAGGGGGAGGAACCUGAUGAAGAUGAUGCAUAUCAAGUCUUGUCAACACUGAAGAGAAUCACUGCUUUUCACAAUGCUCAUGACCUAUCAAGAUGGGACUUGUUUGGCUGCAACUACAAGCUAUUAAAAACUGGCAUUGAAAAUGGAGACAUGCCAGAACAGAUUGUUAUUCAUGCACUGCAGUGUACUCAUUAUGUAAUCCUUUGGCAGCUAGCAAAAGUUACUGAAAGCAGUUCCACAAAGGAGGAUCUUCUACGUCUAAAGAAGCAGAUGAGAGUGUUCUGUCAGAUCUGUCAACACUACCUGACCAAUGUAAAUACUGCUGUUAAGGAACAGGCUUUCACAAUUUUGUGUGAUGUGUUGAUGAUCUUCAGCCAUCAGAUUAUGACAGGAGGACGUGACAUGUUGGAGCCACUUGUUUACACUCCUGAUUCUUCUUUGCAAUCUGAACUACUCAGUUUUAUUUUAGAUCAUGUCUUCAUUGAUCAGGAUGAUGAUAAUAAUAGUGCCGAUGGACAGCAGGAUGAUGAAGCCAGCAAAAUUGAAGCAUUGCACAAAAGAAGAAACCUACUUGCAGCUUUCUGUAAGCUCAUUGUAUAUACUGUGGUGGAAAUGAACACAGCUGCAGAUAUUUUCAAGCAAUAUAUGAAGUAUUACAAUGACUAUGGUGAUAUUAUUAAAGAAACAAUGAGUAAAACAAGACAGAUAGACAAAAUCCAGUGUGCUAAAACACUUAUUCUUAGUUUGCAGCAGCUCUUCAAUGAAAUGAUUCAAGAAAAUGGUUAUAAUUUUGACAGAUCAUCACCGACAUUUAGUGGCAUAAAGGAGCUUGCUCGACGUUUUGCUUUAACAUUUGGAUUGGAUCAGUUGAAAACAAGAGAAGCUAUUGCUAUGUUACACAAGGAUGGUAUAGAAUUUGCUUUUAAGGAGCCUAAUCCACAAGGUGAGAGCCACCCACCAUUAAAUUUGGCAUUUCUUGAUAUUCUCAGUGAGUUCUCCUCGAAACUUCUCAGACAAGACAAAAGAACAGUAUAUGUUUACUUGGAGAAGUUCAUGACUUUUCAGAUGUCUCUGCGAAGAGAAGAUGUGUGGCUUCCUCUCAUGUCCUACCGAAACUCUUUAUUAGCUGGUGGGGAUGAUGAUACCAUGUCAGUGAUUAGUGGAAUCAGUAGUCGAGGCUCUACAGUAAGAAAUAAGAAGACAAAGCCAGCAACAGGCAAGCGGAAAGUACCUGAAGCUGAAGAAAGCAGCAGUAGUGACAGUAUGUGGCUGAACAGGGAGCAGUCAAUGCACACACCAGUCAUGAUGCAGACACCUCAGCUCACUUCCACGAUAAUGAGGGAACCCAAGAGAUUGCGACCUGAUGAGAACUACAUGGGUGUCUAUCCUAUGCAGCCUGAGCAUCACCAACCACCGCUUGACUACAACACGCAAGUAACGUGGAUGUUGGCUCAAAGGCAACAGGAAGAAGCCGCGCGACAACAACAGGAGAGGGCAGCGAUGAACUACGUCAAGCUGAGAAGCAACUUGCAACACGCCAUUCGACGUGGCACAAGUCUAAUGGAAGAUGAUGAAGAGCCAAUUGUUGAAGAUGUGAUGAUGUCAUCAGAAGGGCGGAUUGAAGAUCUUAAUGAAGGCAUGGAUUUUGACACCAUGGACAUAGACCUACCACCGUCAAAGAACAGGAGAGAAAGAACGGAACUGAAACCAGAUUUCUUUGACCCCGCUUCAAUCAUGGAUGAAUCGGUUCUUGGGGUGUCAAUGUUUUAAUACCAGAGCAGCAAAUAAAUCAGUGGUGAAGUCAUUUUCUAAGUGGAAGAGGAAGUUUUUCAAUACAAAAUUGUGGUAGAUACAGUGAAAUUCUGAACAGAUUUUUCUCUAAGGAGAAUGACAUGCUUUCAAGAUCAAGUGCAUUGAAGGGGCAGUUUUGCUUGCCUGAAAGAAAAAAAGAAAUGUAAAGGACAAGUAAACAAUUUGAGGAUAAGUUACACUUUUUGUUGGGAAAAAAAAAAAUCAAUAUUUUAUUUAUGUGCUAUCAGUUUAUUUCUGGAUCAUAAGAAGUAUUCCCUCUGAGUUUUAAUCUUAACAGUCAGAGAGGUGUUUGGUACAGAUUUGAGCUCCUCUCUCUGUACAUUUACUGGCUAUACUAAAUAAUCACAAACUCUGCUGGAUUGCUGUUCAUGUCCAUGAACUGUAAUAGUAGGUGGAUUGGUUUUCUCACAGUGACAGAAUGAACCAGAAGAGUUGUCAGUAUUUUCAAUUAAAUUCAAACUUAAGCAACAGAAGGUUUGUAUUAAUUAAUCAUGGAAAAAAAUACAUAAAGCAGAAUUUUAAUAGCUUUUUAAUCUAAAACACAUUUUUUAUUCCAAAAGCUUCAUGUUAGCCUUCUCAGAAAGGUCCAUAAGCUAUAAGCUACCAGAACGUAACAGAUUUCACUCUUGCUUGCCCAUUACCAACCCUGAAAGUUUGCUUGUCCUUUAAGAAAAAUGUAAUGUUGUGAAAUUCCUUCCAGUAGUGCCACUGUAUUUUGUCUCCAAAUAAAAGAAGCUUAUUGUAGUAUGUUUGCAGAAAAAUUCUAAACAAAAAUUAUACAGCUUAUUAGAGUGUGGGAAUAGGGAUCUAAAUUUUAAAUAAAAUUAUAUAUAUAUAUAAAUUGGUGCUGAUUUUAUAAUUGCGCAGUUUGUUUAGUUUUUUCUUACUUUUAAAUUCCAACUUAAAAUUAUGAGGUUUCAGAAAUAUAUUGAAAGUUUAACAAUGUUUAAAAAUAGAAGAGCAUGAGAAUUCAUGCUUUAAAAAUGAUUUUUAAAUUUGUAUUUUAUAUUGUUUUAUCUAUCUGUCUUUGCAAGCAGUCUUCAGGUUAAAGAUACUUCUAACAGGUUACAGUACAUUUCCUCUAUAUGUAAAUUAGAUUGGAUAAUAGAAACUCAUAAACAGCCCAUAAUAUUCUUUGAAAGCUAAGCUUUAAACUUCAUUUUGUGUCCAUUCACAAAAAAAUUAAAUUUGGUCUAAAACAGAAAGUGGAUCUAUGCCAUUUUGACAUUGACUCAUUUUGCAAGGCUUAGGCAGCUAGACAUCAUUUUAAAGGAAAUAUUAACUUAUAUUACAUAUGUAUAUUUUUUGUCAGUUGUCUCUCAGUUCUUGAGGUAUAUUAUUUUAAUCAUUCCAUGCCUUAAUACGCUUGCAAUACAAGAAUCUCCCCAAAUGGGUGAAUACAAAAGGCUUCCUGUUUUUAGACUCAGAAAUCAAACAUUCGGCUGUGGUAGCCAAAAACCAUAGAUUAUCUAAAGGAUCAUGAUAAAGUAUAAUUAUUUUACUAGGUCAUGGGGUAACAACAAAAUCAAAACUAGAUCUGCCUAACUCAUUUUACAUAAAUAAAUACUCUCAUGUCUAAAAGUACUGCCUAUAUUGUUUUCCACACCACUGCAUUUAAUAGAACUGCUGAGAGGACUGUAUAUAUGAUUUUAAACUUAAGUUGAUUUUUCUUACUCUUGAAGGAGUGUUUCUUUGUGAAAGCAGUUCUUACAGCUUUGUUUUCAACCAGCUAAAAAUGUUUUAUAUAUUUACCUUAACCUGUUGUCCUCCACAUUCUAUUGUCCUAAUUGUACUGUUUUCUGAUUUGUAUUUAUGUCUUGAGACAGUAACUUUUUGAAUAAAAAUAAACCUACA